AUUUUGCCGCCGCAUGCUCUGUGCACAGGUGUUGAUCAGUUCAUUGUGCACGACCGAGAAGCGAGACCACGAAGAAUAUCUGGCGUGUUACUGCAUGAAAAAGAUGAUAGCGAAUAGAUACAGGAACCGAUGCCCCUAGUAUGUUGACAAAUCACCGUACUUUGGACGCAUACCGUGGGAAUUUUCUUGUGUCUUACAUAAACUAUGGCAGAGCUUCUCACCAUCGCUGGUUCCCCAUUGCCAGAGUUACCUUGCAAGUCGAGGGCGUUUUCGCAUUGGCGACAAACUGGCGUCAUAUUUAAGUUCAGACUACGUUGCAUCAACUUGCCCAACUCCUGGCCAAGUUCACUGCGUCACUAUUCGCAAAGUGACGUCACGUAACUGAGCAUAUCACUUUUCUUCGCGCCAAUUUCUGGGAACAUAUCAGCGUUCGCGGCGGCAGCACCACCGCAGAACGCACUGACACACCGAGCGCAUCGAAGAAAGAGCAGCACGCUACUUUAGGCAUCGAGCGCUUCUUGCUGCAGCGCGUUCACCUUUCAGCGCUCCUCUUCGUGCUCGUGAAGUGCUCAUGGAAACGGCAAUGCUCGAGAGGAGGGCGUCACCAAGGCGUCUUCUGUGGGCCUCCAUUGGCAGGGCUGCAGAGUGCACUCGUUCGCCGUCUUUUAAUGAUUCUGGCCUCUUGGAGGAAGAAACGGAAAGCCUCCCACCUUACCUUGAGGAACUUCCAGGCUCCCGUUAUCACGAGAAGGGCGCAAUUACGCCACAAGCACAAUCCUCAGGAAACUUCCGGCGGCCGUGCGUCACGUCUGUGCCCAACCUCAUCGCCGAACUCGUGACAGCAGCUCACUAUAAGCUGUUGCAGGACACCCUGAUAUGUUGCACAUAUCAAAAUGGAAUCGACAGCAGCAAUGGGAACGCCGAGACCAUCGUCGGCAGCGAUGGUCGUCUGUCGGCUAGCGUGGAUGCAAGUUCCCGCUGCAUUCACGUUAAACUUCACGGCAUGGAGGGCCUGCAGCGCUACUUCGUCUCCGUGGACAUUCAGAUUUAUGACGAGACAAGUGCCUCGUCUGACGACGUCUCGUCGUAUGUAGCACUGCAGCCAAAUCGGCUCGAUGGUUUCGGUUGGGCCAAGUCAACCCUGCACGUCGACCUGUCUGCGCGUCUCAAGGAAAGCUUGCGAAGAUCGUCGUUUAGUGUUCGUGCGGCUCCAACACACGCCGACAUCCGCUACCAGGCGACGGUGCGCAUACUGCAACUGUCGGAGGACUGCUGGCCUGCCGGCGCGAAGCCUGUGUUGAUCCACCUCAAAGAGGGCUUCGUUCACGAACUGCUUCCCGACAGCCCCCAGACAUUGAACCAACCAGUAGUGUUUCCUGGUGGAAUGGAGGAAGUCGCAUCUCUGGGCGAUCGCAAACCGGUCACUCUCACUUCAUUUGGACGCUAUAGCUCCCCGUCGACGUCGUUUCACGACAGCUCUCCGUGGCAGGAAGGUUUCGACGCCCGGGGCACGCACGGACAGAAUUUGUCGCAACGUGAGAUCCUGGCAGAACCGGUUGCUGUGCGGUUAGGUCACCAGGAAAAAGCACAGCUUCCUCGUUUUCAUUGCGUAGUCGGGAAGGGCUUGACGUCUGAAAUCGCCUCCUGCGACGAUUUCCCUGUGGACAGGGGCCAGGUGACCUUUUUCCGGGACCUGGACAAUGAGGCCCUGCUGCGCCUAGUCCAUCUGGACCAGCGCCGCGCUCCGACCACGCUGCCUACAGGGAGCCGCUGGCCGCAGUACCGGCGUUGUCCCAACGACGAGAGGCAUCCGGCGGUGCGGUUCGGCGCCGGUACCUCCGAGGAAGAUGUCUUCCAGGGGCGCGAUGCUUGGCCAUCGGCUGAGCCAAGGUUUCUUUAGCAUUGUCUUACGCAACAUUUAUUCAUUCGUAAAUUUCUUUACCAGCCUUUUGCUAGUACAAUUAUGUUCUCUAGUUUACUUUGUAACGAUAUAUUUUUGUUUGCCAUUGCGCCGUUGUGUUCGCGAUAAACGCAUCGUAGUGGCGUUUUUAAUGUCAGUGUCAAAUAAAACGCUGGCCCAAGGCCGAAGGUAGUUUUCUCCGAAUUAUGUAGUGAUCUUCGCUGUUUGUCUGCGAGGAUGCAUGCUCAAGAGGUUUCCAAUUGCUUAUUUCCUUGCUGUUCGUUUUCUCGUUUUGUCGCUUUAGCGACAAAACGAGACGUCAUAAAAUGGUCCCAACUAUCUAUACUGGUGCAGUAGCGCAUUGUUUGCAGCCGGUGCAGUUGAGGUGACAGCGCUUGGCAUCAAAGAAGACACCGCGAUAUGUCUCUUAGAAGCGCAUCUUCGAUUCCUGCAGCCAAAGAGAAUAUGCAUGGCUGUCUCUGAAGGUCACUGGUAGAAGGCGCACUCUACCUUUGGCCAUGCGCUCCAGUUUUCGCAUUUAGUUUCAAGCCGAUAUGAUUAACUCUUGCUUUUUACAUUCUAAGUUGACGCUGUCUGAGGGCAUUGACUACUCGGUCCUUCUACAAGAAACCAAUAGUCGUUUUUAAAUUUGAGCUUGCUACGUUUUCUUGUUUACGUGCGUAUCUGAAAUAAAAUACCCACACGGUA